ACUUUACAUCUUGACUUGUCUAUGCUACGCACUCUGCGUCUUGUCUCGUUUAUUGUUAAUUUGAUGUUAAACUAUAAAAAGUCCACGAAUUCUCUUUUAGUCUGUGUCCGGUUUCCCUUUUCUCUUUUUUUCAGAAAAAACUAUGCAGGUUUCCAGAUUUCUAACAAGUUUCCACAGAUUGAGUACGGCAUUACCAGCCUCUACAGAGAAAUAUUACUUUGAAACUGUGAAGCAUGACAAUCGAAAUGAAGUGGUUGAUUUUUUGAAUAACAAUUUCCGAGUGGAAGAACCAUUGAGCAAGGCCGCUGGAAUGACUGAAUCUGACAUACAAUCAUGUUUUGAUGGAGUAUUUGAAAGAGUAUUGAAGAAUGAAGUUUCCAUUCUUGCAAGAUCAAAACAGUCCGAUGAAAUUGUUGGAUGUAUGCUGAAUUCUGUUUGGAAGAGAAAUGAUCCAAAAAAGAAUGAAGAUGAGGCAGAGGAUUUUGAGUUCGGAGGGGAUCGAAAAGGCGUAAUGACAAUUGGAGAAAUAUUAAAUGAACUUCAUGAAUCCUUCUGGAAACUACGUCCAGAUCAGCAUACAGUCUUGCAUUUUGAAAUUUCGUCUGUUAAUAAGAAUCAUCAGAGACAAGGAUUGGCAUCAAAAUUCAUGAAUUGGACGGAGAAAAAGGAACUUUUGAAGUCUGUAGAAGCAAGCAGCAUUGUCGCUGAGGCUUCAUCAUUGGCUAAUCAAAUUCUGUUAAGCAAAAGAGGAUAUGAGACUGUUGCUUCAACUCUCUUGAGUUCUCGUAUUGAUGUGAAUGGAAAACAAAUUCUUGUGUGUGAUGAUGGAACAGAUCGAGUUGAUUUAGUUUUUAAAGAGUUGAAUUAAUUUUCAUUAGUUAUCAUUGAAGCUUGUGUAAAUAUUAAUAAAGAUAUCAAUAGUUCAACUU